AUGAGAAUCAUGAGCAUUUUAGGAAUGGUACAAGUGAGUCGUCACUAUUAUGAUCCUCGUCAUCCUGCCAUGGUACCACAACACAAACUCGAAGUUUGGCCAGGUUACAUCACAGCAAUACAUGAGCGUGAAGGGGGGCUGCUGCUCCUAGCAGAUGUUUCACACAGGGUACUAAGGACUGAAACAGUAUUAGAUGUUAUGAACACAAUUCUUCAUCAAAAGCAAAGCGGGUUUCAGGAUGAGUGCACUAGACAGUUGGUGGGUUGCACAGUCAUUACAAGGUACAACAACAAGACUUACAGGAUUGAUGAUAUUGCAUGGGAAAAGAAUCCUGAGGACAAAUUUUCUACAAGCAAGGGCGAAGAUAUAUCUUUCAUGAAUUAUUACAAAAGCAGCUAUAACAUAACUGUAGCAGAUACGAAACAGCCCUUACUCUUGAGCCGUCCAAAGAAGAGAGAUCAGAGGGAUGGGGGUUCAGAUAUCAUUGCCUUGAUUCCAGAGCUUUGUUUCAUGUCAGGGCUAACAGAUGAAAUUCGCUCAGACUUCAGAGUCAUGAAAGACUUGGCGGUACAUACCCGUGUUUCUCCAGAGCAGCGACAGCUCAGUAUGAAAAAAUUCAUAAACACUGUAAACAGUAAUGCAGAUGCUAGAAAUGAAUUGGAAAAGUGGGGUUUGUCCCUAGAGCCUUCAACCGUACCCAUUCAAGGGAGGCUCCUGCCUGAAGAAGAUAUUUAUUUCAGGAAUUCCAACCAUAAAGCAGGUCGUGAAGCUGAUUGGGGAAGACACAUAAGUAGAGAAAACUGCAUCUUAGGGGUGGAUUUGUACAACUGGAUGGUCCUUUUCACAAACCGGGAUAAAAAUAGGGCCAUGGAUUUUGUGAGGAUGGUCCAAAAAGAAGGUCCCAACAUGGGUAUAAAUAUCCAAAACCCUACCACACUGGAACUAAGAAAUGACAGGACAGAGGCAUAUCUUGCCACAAUUAGAUCAAAUCUCAAUCCAGAGGUCCAGUUGGUUGUGACCAUAUUUCCUACAAGCAGAGAUGACCGGUAUAAUGCUGUGAAAAAACUUUGUCUGGUUGAUGCCCCAGUAGCAACACAGGUUAUCAAUGCCCGCACAAUAUCAGACCAGAGGAAGCUAAGAUCUGUCUGCCAAAAAGUAAUCUUGCAGAUGAAUGCCAAACUUGGUGGAGAACUUUGGGCUGUGAAGAUACCAGUGCGUAACACCAUGAUAUGUGGCAUAGAUGUUUACCAUGAGGGUAAGGGUGGCAAGGCUCAGUCUGUUGGAGCUUUCUGUGCAUCCAUGAAUAAGGAUUGUACUCGCUGGUUCAGUGAUGUGUACAAGCAAACCCCAGGAGAGGAGUUGAUAUCUGGCUUGAAGAUGAGCCUGUCAAAGGCCAUUAUAAAAUACCAUGAGCUCAAUCACAGCUUGCCAGACCGCAUCGUAAUAUUCCGUGAUGGUGUCGGUGAUGGUCAACUCGGCAUGGUUGCAGAUUAUGAGGUGUCUCAACUGGAGUCCUGUUUCAGUCAGUUUGGGGAAACCUACCAGCCAAGGCUGGCUGUUAUUGUUGUCCAGAAACGCAUUAACACCAGAAUAUAUGCAAAACUGCAGGGGGCAGGCAGAGGGUGCCAGUAUGAUAACCCUCCUCCAGGAACAGUAGUGGAUCAUACCAUCACAAGAAAGGAAUGGUAUGACUUUUUCCUUGUGAGCCAGCAUGUCCGCCAAGGAACUGUCUCUCCCACACAUUACAUUGUGGUUCAUGAUGGUUCAGGACUUAAUCCAGACCAGAUUCAGCGCAUGACUUACAAGAUGACUCAUUUGUAUUACAACUGGCCGGGGACUGUGCGCGUCCCCGCCCCUUGCCAGUAUGCUCACAAACUGGCAUACUUGGUGGGUCAGAAUCUCCGGGAUAAGAAACCACACGAUAAGCUUAUGGAUAAGCUGUUUUUCCUGUAAAGAAAUACUCAAGUCAAGAACUGUGCCAAAAACUCCAUGGAAAUAAAAUGUUAAAAAGAUACACGUUUUUGUUUGGACAUGGACAAAUGGUUUGAAAGGAUUCAUAUUACCAUGAAGCAAGUGGCUGAAGGGGCCAAGCGGAAUCCACAAAAUCAUGUUUUGAAAUUAUCACCUGUUUUACCUCUAAAGGGUUUGAAGAGGUACUCAUUUAAAAAACCGGUGGUAUGGGGAGACGGGUGGUAAAAUGGUAAUCUUCAUUCUGUCUCAGGGUUGACAUCUCUCCGAGGUUGUGCAUAUUUGAAACUUUUUUUGAUUGCAGAUGUAUUUUCAUCCAUGCUGUUUCAAAUGCCAGUAACAUUUUGAGAGCUAAAGCAGCUACAAUUCAUUUUAUGUUUAUUGAAAUUAAGACACGGCAUAAGCCUGAAAUGAUCCAUCCAGUUUUGUUUUUGCAUAAGUCUAGAGAGAUGAUCUGUAUUGGUAUAAUAAUUAUUUUUUUACAAUGAAAGGUUAAAUGCUUUCUAUUUUUAUAAUGUAGCAGCAGUGGUCACUUUGUAGUUGUUUAGUUAACAUGUAGAAAUAACUCUGUUGGUAUCACUUCAAGAUGCAAAAGAAUAACUUUUUAAUCUAUUAUUUUACCAAUUUCCUUCCAAAUACCAACAUUAUUGCAACACCUGUAUCAAACGUGCUUAAGCAGCAAUAUCUGUGGAUGGUACACAUGUAAUGGAUAAAUACAAUAGGAAGGUUACAGUUCGAUUUGGAAGUUUCACGUCAAGAAAUUGUUUCAUAUAAAAGUAGCAUAGUUUUAUGAUACUUCUGUCUGGAAAAUAGUAAAACAUUUCUUAAUUUUUUACCUAAUGUUUUUUUACUAUAGCUUGCCAUCCUAGGGGAAUGAGCAAGUGUAGAUUAAUAUGUUAAACAGCAUUAUUCAGUGUUUCAACUUAAAAGUCAAAGUGCAGAUUAGCUGUUGUAUCCUAGUAAAUUGCACUGCUGGGCCUGUAGUGUGGUACUCCCAUGUGUUGAAACUAAAUAUCCUUUAAUUCUGUAGAAGAACUUAAGUCAAAAGGGUCAUUGAUUAGACUGAAAAUCUUUGAUGGCAAAAGUUGCAUACCUGCAUUGCUCUUAUUUUUUCAUCCAGACAUGACAUCAGUUUAUUUUCCAAGCAUCGUAAUAUCAAUCCCAGACUUUGAGCCUUUUUUCAAAAUGUGCCGUAUUCUUGUCUGUAUUGCAGUUUUGAGAGAUUGACCACUUCAUGCCUGAUUACAUGAGUCCUCUAAAUGCCUAACAUGGUCAGUUACAUGGGUUAAUUUUGAUUGGUCCAAACUGUUAGAAUCAAGCUUGUGAGAGGGUGCAAAACCCUUUGCUGCAUACUUUUGUUAAGACCAGUCAAGACUUUGCAAUACAGAUAAGUACUAUAUUGCAUGAUAGGAAAAGAUAUAUUUAUUUUAAUGGAAGUAAUCUCAUGUUAUUUAUGGUAUUAAAGAAGUUUCUUUGUUAAAAAUAGUCACUACAUGCUUAGUUGUUCCUGUGAGAGAAGGGCUUUAAUUGACCCAUUUUUAAAUUGAUUUUAGUCAUUUUAAAUAAAUGUAGAAAGUGACCCAAUAAAACUACAAAACAG